AUGGUUUCCUCGAGCGAAUCGCCUUUCUCACGUGGAUUGAACAGCUACCCAGACCCGUGGUGUGCAGUGUGUUCAAACGCCCUGACCGAUCCUUCUGGUGUGAAGGAUAUAAACCACCACUUCAAAAACGAAGCUAACCCCCAAAAUGGAGUCAUCCCUGCCCUCAAGCGUAGUAUCGACUUCUUCUGCCAAGCGGAUGGAACCUACAGGACGCCUAUUGUGAAACCGUUUAGACCCGACCCAUCGACUUGGCCUUCAACACAACCAUACCCAGAAGACUGGUCAUCUUCCAACACAGAAUGCUUAAUAGCAUGGCCUGGCCUUUCAACUUUUUCACCCGCGCUACAAGGCCCUAUUGAACCACCAACUUCUAAAUAUCGACUGAAAAACCAAGAAAAGGAGGAACCGUACGAGAAACUUGGCAGCGCUGCAUUACUAGAAGGCAGCGUACCCUACUUUGGCACCAGAUACGGAGAAUACAGUCGCGAAAUUGAUACCAAUGCCGUAUGUCGCUUCUUCGACAAAAAUCGCAUGGGUAGACAACAAUGUGCGAAAGAAGACACACGACUAAUUUUCUCCUCCGUCUUAGUACCACCGUCCACUCGGCAAGCCGCCGCUCCAUCCCGUCAGCCCGACUCACCACCCAUGGUCUGUGCAUAUCCUGCACCACCACAACCUGUGACACCAUCCGCUCCAAGAUACGAAACCUACAGCCACGAACUCGCCAGCCGCCCCCUUUCCUAA